UGUCAUGUGAUGUUGACAACUGCGCUGUGUGUGUGUGUGUGCGUUGCCAAGUCGACAUCGGAGUGUCAGAAACGGUGUGUGUUCCGAGUUCCACGCAGUCGAGAAAGGAAGAAAUUUGCUAAUUUUCACGGCAAAGGACGAGCACAGCAAGGAUGUCGAAGGGUGAAAGCAAGGAGGCCACGAUACGGCAGCUCUACACCGAGCUCAACAAAUACUGCGGCGCGUCCGAGUUCGACAAGGCGCUGAAGACGGCCAACAAGAUCCUAACGCAUGAUGCAAACGAAUGGAAGGCGGCCAAGUGUAAACUCGUGUGUUUGAUCCAGCGAAGCAAGUUCGAAGAGGUGCUUCGCUUUCUGGAGCGCCACGGAAGCGCUAUUCCCGAUACGAUCUUCGAGAAAGCGUACGCCGAGUACCGUCUAAACCGGGCCGAGCAGGCACUGCGUACGAUCCAACAAUCGACCGGAUCGACGGGCAAACUGUCGGACUGGGGAUCAUCGCUAUCGCCCGAUCUGCAGGAACUGUUGGCCCAGGUACUGUAUCGGCUUGAGCGGUUCGAUGAGUGCUUCGAACUGUACCGCACGAUCAUCAAGAAUACGCACGAUGAUUACGAUGAUGAGCGACGCACGAACAUGAGUGCGGUUGCGGCGAACCUUGCCAUCGUCGGUGACGCAACGGGUGAGACCGCCAGUGUAGCCAACCUGCCAGAGGAUACGUACGAGCUGGUGUAUAAUGCCGCCUGCGCCCUUGCCGGUCGGCAGCAGUACGGUGACGCGGAGCGGAAGUUACGCUCGAGCGAAAAGAUGUGCCGCGAGUCGCUGGAGGAGGAUGGUUCGAGUGAGGAAGACAUUAUCGAUGAGAUCACGAUCAUCAAGGUGCAGCUGGCGUACUGUCUGCAGAUGCAGGGCCGUGUAAAGGAAGCAUCGGCCCUGUACGCCGAUGCAUUGCGUCACAAGACGAACGAUGCGGCGCUGACGGCGGUCGUGAGCAACAAUCUUGUCGUGAUCAAUCGCGAUCAGAAUGUGUUCGAUUCGAAGAAGAAGAUGAAGGUGGCCACGUCGGAGCAGGCGGAGCAAAAGCUCACCAGCCGUCAGCGGAAGACGAUCGCUUUCAACAACUGUUUGUUGGCAUACUUUGCCAGCCAACCGACCGAGUGUGCCCUACUGGCGGCCCGGUUAGCCGACGCUCAUCCGGAUCUCGAGUUUCAGGCGCAGCUCGUACGCGUUGCUCAGCUUGCGAGGGAUAAGAAGUAUCGCGAGGCAAUCGAAUCACUUGAGCAGUACGCCCAACGACUGCCACGCGAUCGCACGAUCGAGCUGCUCCAGGUACGGUUCGCAAUCGUUCAGCUGCAGCUAGUAGCGGGCAACCGGAAAGCGGCAAUCGAAACGCUUGAAUCGCUCGGUGAAGCUCGCUAUCGGCCCGGUGUCGUGUCGGCCCUCGUGACGCUGCACCUCGGUCAAGACAACAAGUUGGCGGCCUCAGAGAUACUGAAGAGUGCGGUCGAUUGGUAUAAGCGACAGAAGACGAGCGGCUCGAACGUAACGGCCAGUAUCAGUGAUACCGAUCUGAGCGACAUGUGGCGUCAAGCGGCUAGCUUCCAUCUGCGGGGCGGUGAACCGGAAACGGCCGCCAAGAGUCUCGAGGAGCUUUUGCGUACGCAUCCGAACGAUGUGAAGCUGCUGGCCCAGCUGGUCAUCGCGUACGCUCAGUUCGAUCCGAAGCGCGCACAACAGGCCAGCCGCCGGCUACCGGCCCUCGACACACUGACGACCGUGUCCGAGAUCGAUGCACUCGAGGCCACAAACUGGAUGAUGAUUGCAAAGGCCGUUCGUCGUAAACAGCCCGGUACUGCGGGUACAGGAGGAUCAGGCCGUGGAGGGGAUCAAUCACCUGGUGCCGGAACCCCGGGCGCAGAACAACAGCAAACCGCCGCCGCACGCAGCCAAAAGCGCAAGAAGCGCAAGGGCAAACUGCCGAAGAACUACGAUCCAGACGCACAGCCGGAUCCGGAGCGGUGGUUACCUCGCUACGAGCGUACCGGUUACCGCAAGAAGCGCGAUCGUCGUGUCAAGGAGAUCAUCAAGGGCAGUCAAGGAACGGCUUCCGGUCAGGCGGAUCAAUUCGACAUGAGCAAGGCGUACAAUCAGACGAAACAAUCCCCGGCUACCCCCUCGACCGGUGUCUCCCAGCAAGAGCAGAUGGCAACGGCGGCCGCCGCCACUCGGCAACUACCCCGCAAGAGUCAGCACAAGAAGAAGAAGGGAAAACACUAAAACCGGGACAGCAUCAUCGAACAUUAUUGUAUUACUCUGGGUUACGGCUGAAGGUUCUUCUCUGGAACACCGGAUUCGGUUGUCCGGAUGAGAUUUUUCGAUAAACUAAUAAACGAUUGUGCUUAGCAUUUAA